AUGGCGGCGGCGACGACACCGCCGGCAGGCGUCCAUGGCGCCGGCGAGGUUUCUGUCCGAAUUACUGCUGCUGCAGCAGCAGCGGCAGGCGGUGAGCUGCAGCGGAGGGAGCGGACGCUGAACCGCUUCGUGCGAGUUGUUGCAUUCUGGGAGUGGGCGGGAAACGCGUUCGGCGCGCUGGCCUUCCUGUGGGCGACCGGCGUCUUGCUUGGCGGCUUCUGCUCCGAUCUCAAAUCAACGGAUUUCUGGUUCGCCAUGGUCAUUAUCUUCGUAGAAGCCUUCAGGAUUUUUAGCCGCAACUACAAAUCGGACAACCAGUGGUUGUUCGGGACGACGAGGGCACUGUGGACUAACGUGUCUUUCGUUCGCAUGUUGAGGAGACCGCAGGAAGGGAAUGAAGUGGUGCUGUUCAUGGGUUUGUGGAUAGACCUCGCUACCUGGUUGCCUGUUGUUGGACUUAUGUUCGGGGGCAUUUUACAGGUGGCGUUGCUCAUCGUUAUGAGCAAGAUGCAGCUCCGAGGUGCUUCUCAGCAGACUAGCCGGUCCCAGCGGCGCCGACGACUAUUGCUGCUGUGGGGUGUUCUGAUUGCUUUUAUAACUGUGUAUGCUCUCCAGUUCAGUCGGGCUAUGGAUAAUCUCGAAAUUCCCACGCUUAUUCCAUCCAGAGGAUGGGCAGAAUACAAUUACUAUCAUACGACAGCAUUUGAUCUUGCCUCCGUGUCAGCAGAGCUACUAACAAUGGUGGUGGCAGCGUUGCUGCUUAUUUGUAGACACCCCAAAAUUGCCAACCUAACAAGUACUCCUUUGGGACGCAGUCUACUAUGUUUGGCCAAACUGAUUUCAGCAGUCAGUCUUGUUUUUGGUUCGGUGCUGCUUGUGUGGCCGCUUGCACUUAAAACUCAUGGUCAUCCAGUGGAUCCCAAUAGUUUCAUCAUAUCAUUCACAACAUUGGUACUAUCACUUGGUAGCCUACAGACUCCUGCAGCAGAAAAUUGUAGGCUGGUUGUUGGCUGCUGGAUCGACCUGACCCUGCACAUCCUGUUCCUUUGGUAUUUGGUUGUAGGUUUGACAGUGGUACAGCUUGAUAGUGUUUGGGGUAAAGAACUAUCUCUGGCUGCAUCUAUUGUAUCUGUGGUAGCUGUGCUGCUGAUUGAGAAUCUGCAGAUCCCGGCUGCUGUCCUUCAGUUGAUGCUCUCGUCUUCGCGAUUUCACAACCUGAAGUCUGAUUAUCGUGGUGUAAAAGACAGGAUUAGCCCAAACAUGGUGCCAGCAAUUAAAGUUUUCUACGUGCUGUCUAUAUGUCAAGGUUGUUUCUACAUCAUGGCAAGCAUCCUCGGGCUCUUCUCCUUCUUCCCGCGCAGAAUGCUUAUCCGUCGGUCAAAACUCAGAGGUCAGCAGGGAGCCAAAGCCAUCGAUCUGUACUACGAGUCCGCCUACUCCACAUGCAUGGAAACUGGCUUGUUUGCUGCAAGGAAGACAGUGAGCCUCGCCAGCUUCGCCAAGGAGUCUCUAAGCUCCACGUCAAGUGAUGAGACACGUCUAGCUGGUCUGCUUAUUCUUGGCAACCUCCUGGAUGAAUGCAAGGAAACUGAUUCUAGCCAAGAGCUGAGGACAAAAAUCAUCAGCUCCAAAGAGAUAUUGUCCACAUUGAUUUUCAUGCUCGGCUGGGAAGAUGUCAGACACCAUGAUGCUAGGCUUAAUGCUGCUAGGGUCAUCGCCAACGUCGCCGACAGACUUACAAUUGCUGAGAUCCCAGGCAUGUUGAAGCUGCUGUCGUCGCUCCUUGAUGCCACUAAUGACCUACUAGCAUAUCAAGAAACUUCAGUGCAAAUAGCUUCUAGUAAUGCUGGAAAUGCAGGUAGCCAACAUACAGAUGAACAACUAUUAGAAGGGCAUGCACAAGAAGGACGAUGCAAUUGGGUACACGGGUGUUGGCAGCAGAUGAAAGACAAGGUCUGUUCUGGAGGAGCUGCCCUUGAGGCCUUGACUCCUCAGGACCCACUCCCCAUACUGGGCAUGGUAAUUCUGGAGAAGCUUGCUCAUGAUCCUGACAAUUGUGUAGAAAUUGCUAAAUCAACAUACCUCAUUUCGAAGAUUAUAGGGCUCAUAAGCUACUCAACUGACUGUGAAAAUAGCAACAAUGAGCAGCAGCGUGCAGUGAUAUGUGCAUCACUGAAUUUUGUGAGGAGGCUUGCAAUCACCGGAGGGAACAUUGGGGUGGUGCUUCGGCAAGAGCUGUGCAACAACUCCUUUUUACUGAGCAAUCUCGAAUGUGUCUUAGAGGACAGCCGCAGCAGCCCUGAACUAAUGAAACUAGUGAUUGAUAUCUUAACCAAGCUGGCCUUGGAUGAGGGUGCAAGGAAAGAGAUUGGGAGCUGCAAGGUGACUAUUUGCAAACUCUUGCAUGCAUUUAUUGGGAAGGAUGGACCAACCAAUGCUUACUACGACAGUGAUCGUCAGUUCUUGCGAAUGGCUGCAGGGGAAGCACUUGCAAACCUUACAACAGAGAGCCCUGAAAAUUGCUUGGUUAUCUUGGAAGAAACAGGAUAUGAAAUUAUCAAGGAUCUCAAGAGCAUGGUGUGUGAAGAUGAGUACAUAUAUGUUGCCGCAAGUCUGCUGCAGAAUAUUUGUGCGCAAGCCAAAGACAAACUGUGCCAUCAAGAUGCAAGCAACCACCUGUCAUCUGCCUUCCCAAUGGUGAUGGAAAAUAUAAUGUCUGCGGAGGGAAAACACCUAGAGGUCCUAAUCGGCCUCGCGUCACAAAUCUUUGACAUGGUCCCAGAAUCAUUUAUCUAUAAUCAGCUACAGUUACAAACCAACCGAUCAGAGCUUGUUCAGAAGCUGGUUGGUACACUCAACUCCAACAGAAAACCAAAUUCUGAAUACCCAAGAAUGAGAAGGGUCAUAAUUGAGAUGGCGAUAUCUAUGGUGAAAUUUUGUCCUCGCUAUGCAACUAUAUUGAGAGAAGGGGGGAUGAUGGAAGCACUGUCCAAGGUAGAAAUGACCCCAUCAAAAGUGGAGAAGCACAAGGUCUUCUAUGGCAACAUAGGUGUUGUUUUGGAGAGUGGCCCAUCUCUGACUGCUUUGGUGGCCACGGCAAAGGGGUUAAUUCAUUCUGCAGCUCCAACUAUUGCACUUAACCAGACGACCAUGCUUGAUUAAUCAUCAGGGUUGAAUAUUCAUCGUGUUGUUAAUAUGCAUGCAUAUUGCGGCUAUUUGGUUGUGUGUGUGUGUGUGUGUGUGUGUGUGUGUGUGUGUGUGUGUGUGUGUGUGUGUGUUGUGUCCUAGAACUUGUGGAUCGUGUCUAGAGAGACCAUGGAUUUCUUAAUCUUCGUACUCCUAAACUCUUUUGUUGCUUUGUAUUAUCCGUAGUAUUACUUCACUUUUGAAUAUCAUAAAACUGAUGCAUAAUAAA